AUCACACAGUGAGCACUGCGUAUAUCCUCAGUACUGCCUCCGCUUGCACUGACCAGACAACAAGGCUUCAACAAAGAGCUUCCUUCUACUUGACAGAUAUUUUAGAGGAUUUUUGGCUUUUUUUCUCUCCAAGUUUGAGAGUGCACUACAACUACAACUUUACCAGAUUUUGUUGUUUCAUUGUAACCAUGUCGACGGCGUUAGAGGCAGUUGGCUUCUUCAUGAGUGUGGCCAGUUGGCUGAUCGUUGGGACUGCUUUGGGCAACGACUACUGGAAGGUGUCCUCUUUCUCCGGGAGUGUGAUCAUUUCCAAUCGGCAGUAUGAGAACCUGUGGCAUUCCUGUGCCGAGGACAGCUCUGGUGUGGCAAACUGUCGUGACUUUGAGUCUAUGUUGGCACUGCCAGGUCAUAUCCAGGCGUGCCGAGCUCUUAUGGUGGUCUCCCUAUUGCUGGCCCUGGUUUCCAUCAUUCUGUCUGUCAUGGGGCUGAAGUGCAUCAAGCUGGGCAGCACCACUGAGCAGGGCAAGGCCAAGAUCGCUGCCACCGGGGGUAUCCUCUUCGUGUUGUCAGGGGUGUGCGAUAUGGUGGCAGUCAGCUGGUAUGCCGCUCGUGUUGUUGAGGACUGGAACAACCCAUUCUAUGGAGGCAUCAAGUUUGAGCCAGGUGCAGGUCUGUAUAUUGGCUGGGCUGGAGGCAUCCUGGCCAUAAUUGGAGGAGCCAUUAUGUGCUGCGCCUGCAAGAGAGUAUCUGGAGGAGCUGGAGGAGGAGGAGGCUACCCUGCAGCAAAGAUCUACAAGUCAGCCGCUGCGUCUGAAUCUGGAACCAGAACAAACUAUGUCUGAGGCGUUACAAUGACAUUCACAUGACUUCCUCUGUUGUUUAUUUGUUUGCAAAUGUCAACUACUUCCAUUCUCUCAUGCUUUGAGAAAUUCCUCCAAUGUAAAGGUUGCAAAAAGGAAGGCCACUAAUCCAUGGACAUCUUGGAUAUGAUCUGUAUUGCUUUGGAAUCGUAUUGUCUUAAAAGUGCAUGUUAAUGGAACAGUUGUUUUUUUAUUGUAGUAAAUCUGUGUUUUUUAAACAUUGUAUUGUAUUUCUGACCACAAUUCUAACUAAUUUUCAACUGGUUUAAACAAAACAAAAAAAUAAUAAUUAAAUAAAAUAUUGUAAUACA